CACAAGCCCGAAGCUAUCCUCUUCUGUUAUCCGUUUAUUUUUUCUCCAGCUAAAAUCUUCUUCCUCUCUUUCUAUCUACACAGUUAGUGACUGAACUGAAUUUGUAAAGGUUAAGGUCGUCAAUGGCGACCGUACUGAACUUAUCAUCUAUAAGAGUAUCAAACAAAGGAGGAGCUGUUCGCCUUUUAAAUAAAUCUUCUUCUGUUUUCAGACCAAAUUCUAUUUCUCUCACUAGAAGAAAAUCUAUCAUCAGAGCUGCAGAAACAAAUGCUAAAGACGAAGUUAAAUCUAAGGCACCUGAUAAGGCACCAAGUGAUGGUGGUUCGAGCAUCAAUCAGAUUCUUGGCAUUAAGGGAGCUGCACAAGAAACUAAUAAACUGAAGAUUCGAGUUCAACUUAUGAAGCCUGUUACUUGGCCACCUUUAAUCUGGGGAGUGGUGUGUGGUGCUGCUGCUUCCGGUAACUUCCACUGGGGAGUGGAAGAUGUUGCUAAAUCAAUUCUAUGCAUGAUUAUGUCUGGACCAUGUCUCACCGGUUAUACACAGACAAUUAAUGAUUGGUAUGAUCGAGAUAUUGAUGCGAUAAAUGAACCUUACCGUCCAAUUCCUUCAGGAGCGAUAUCUGAAAGUGAGGUGAUUACCCAGAUUUGGGUGUUACUUUUAGGAGGCCUUGGGAUCGCUGGUGUUCUAGACGUGUGGGCAGGGCACAAUUUUCCUACCAUUUUUUACCUUGCUGUUGGUGGAUCGUUGUUAUCAUACAUAUAUUCUGCUCCACCUCUGAAGCUAAAACAGAAUGGAUGGAUUGGAAAUUUUGCACUAGGAGCGAGCUAUAUCAGUUUACCAUGGUGGGCUGGCCAAGCUUUAUUUGGAACUCUUACGCCAGACAUAAUUGUCCUCACAAUCUUGUACAGCACAGCUGGGCUAGGUAUCGCCAUCAUUAAUGACUUCAAAAGUAUUGAAGGAGACAGAGCCAUGGGAUUACAGUCACUUCCUGUGGCCUUUGGUGUUGAUGCUGCCAAAUGGAUCUGCGUUGGUGCCAUUGACAUAACUCAGUUAUCUGUUGCUGGUUAUCUUUUAUAUGCUGGUAAACUGUACUAUGCAUUGGCUCUACUUGGUCUGAUAAUUCCUCAAGUGGUUUUUCAGUUCCAAUACUUCUUGAAGGACCCUAUCAGAUAUGAUGUCAAAUACCAGGCUAGUGCACAACCUUUCCUUGUGUUGGGUCUUUUGGUUACUGCAUUAGCAACAAGUCACUAAUCUUCGGGUGUGGAGAUGCUGAUAGGUAAGAUCAAGACCGAGUCCUGGAGAGCUUCAGGGUAGGUUUCUAAUAAAUAAAUUUUGUUUAGAUAUUUGUAAAAGAGUAGUCUCAGAAUAAGCUUUUUUAUCAAACAAUCUUCUCCAGAGUUCAACCUAUGUUGUAAUUUGUAUGGGUAACCAGGUGCUAUGUAAAUUGAAUUUCCUUUUAGGUGCAUAUUUUUCGUUUUG